AUGUGUAGAAUCUCAGUCAACAGUAUUGCGGCAUCGCGACGAGUCAUGCUCUCAUUUCUAAACAUCGCUUCAUCUGUUCUAUCUCGUCGCACGCCGGUUUGGCAUAGGAUGAAAUUUUCGUCUUCUUCGUCAAUUCAAAUUCAUCCAUCUGUUUAUCCAACUCCCCGUCGUGAUGAGUCGAUUGUGGACAAUUUUCACGGAACUAUGGUCCCAGAUCCAUACCGUUGGAUGGAGGAUCCAGAUGCAGACGAGACGCGCGAGUUUGUUGAUGAAUUGAAUGCCAUCUCGGAGCCGUUCAUUGCUCAAGCUCCAAGCCGCGAGAAAAUCAGAAAACGGUUGACCGAGUUGUGGGAUUAUGAGAAAUACAGCUGCCCAUCAAAGCGUGGAGAUUUCUACUACUACAGUUAUAAUUCCGGACUUCAAAAUCAAUACGUUAUUUAUCAGCAGAGGAAUGUGUCUGAAAAAGGUGAGGUAUUCUUGGAUCCGAACACGUUAUCACCGGAUGGAACCACCUUUUUAAGAAUUUCGGCCUGGACAAAAGAUGGUUCGAUCUUCGCAUACGGCUUAAGUGAAAAGGGUAGUGAUUGGGUCACUGUGAAGUUCCGCGGUGUAGAUAAGAAAGAUCUGGGGGAUACCAUCACAGGAGUGAAACAUUCUUCUCUCUCGUGGAUGAAAGACAAGUCGGGAUUAUUCUACUGUAAAUAUCCCGAUCACAAGACGGCUAUCGAUGGCACAUCCGUAGAGAAGCACGAAAACCACUCGCUUUAUUUCCAUCGUAUGGGCACUGACUGCAAGGACGACGUUCUUGUAUAUGAUCGCAGAGAUGCUGGCUACUUUAUGAUUGGAGGAACAGUAACAGAAGAUGGCCGCUACCUGAUUAUCGAUGUUUCACGGGGAUGUGAUCCGUAUAAUAUGCUGUAUUACUAUGAUCUCUCUGCAAACGGCCCAAUUGGGAAAAUUAAUCCCACACCUCUAUUCGACAAAUUGGACGCGAAAUACGAGUACGUUGAUCACGAUGACGAUUCCAUGCUGAUCCAGACCAAUCACAAUGCUCCUAUGUUCAAGUUAAUUAGAAUCUCAUUGAAAGAUAAAUCAAUUAAAGAAGUCAUACCUGAAAAUCCUCGUCACAAGUUGAAUUGGGCUACACCAGUUGCCAACGAUCGCCUUGUUGUUUCUUAUAUUGAAGACGUGAAGGAUGCGUUGUAUGUACAUGAUCUCAACACGGGUUCACAAUUGUAUUCGAUCCCCUUGAAAGUCGGGUCAAUUUCCGGGUUUUUUGGAAAGAAAACACUUUCCGAAAUGUUUUUCGGAUUCGAGUCCUUCUUAGUUCCUACCAUCAUUUAUCGUGUCGAUUUUGCAGCCGUCGGCAAAAAUGUCGCACCAGCAGUACAGGAACUGCGACGAGUUCGUGUGCAUGGAAUGGAUGAAGAAGACUUCGCAGUGGAACAAAUUUUCUACGAGAGUAAAGACAAGACUAAGGUCCCUAUGUAUAUCAUUUCCUUAAAAGGAGCGCCCAGGAACGGUGACACUCCCACAAUCCUGAAUGGCUAUGGAGGCUUCAAUGUUUCUGACAUGCCAUACUUUUCCAUCAGUCGUCUUUUGGUGGCGAAGCAUUUCCGUGGUUUCAUUGCUUGCGCUAAUCUUCGCGGCGGAAGCGAAUACGGCGAAAACUGGCAUAUGGGUGGAAUGAGAGAAAAGAAGCAAAACGUUUUCGAUGAUUUCAUUGCCGCGGCCGAGUAUUGA